GAACCAUUCGGCAUUUUCUCUCAAGCCUGAACAAAAGAGAACAAAACAAGAUGGUUGAGUGGACCGAGCAGGAGCGCAGCAUCAUCAACAACAUCUUCUCCAACUUGGACUAUGACGACAUCGGCCCCAAGGCUCUGGCCAGGUGCCUGAUCGUUUACCCCUGGACUCAGAGGUAUUUCGCCAGCUUCGGAAACCUCUACAACGCCGACGCCAUCAAGACCAACCCCAACAUUGCCACCCAUGGCACCAAGGUGCUGCACGGCCUGGACCGCGCCGUGAAGAACCUGGACAACAUCAAGGCCACCUACGCCGAGCUGAGCGUGCUGCACUCCGAGAAGCUGCACGUCGACCCAGACAACUUCAAGCUCCUGGCUGACUGCCUGACCAUCGUCAUCGCCGCCAAGCUGGGCAACGCAUUCACCCCAGAGAUCCAGGCCACCUUUCAGAAGUUCCUGGCCGUGGUGGUGUCCGCUCUGGGCCGGCAGUACCACUAAAACCCAGCAGCCCCCAAACCCCUGGGGAGGAGAUCCAGCCUCCGUUCCAAUGAGUUGCUGUGUCUCCUCUAUAAAGAAAUAAAAGCCUUCAAAAGCAA